GCGCACGCCCGGCGCAACUCAUCUAGCGCAACCAUUCAGAUCAGCGCGGAAAGAAAUACAUUCAUCGAUAAUAAAUAUCAAAAAGACAUCGAAUUAUGGAUGACCCCUCGGCACAACUCCACCUCGAGAUUCGCGAUGCCGUCGUUCGCGCUCUCGCUACGCGCCGCCCUAUCCUUCAUCACUUGAACGCCGAUACCUCGUGGUUGCUGCAAAUACCGCGGCCCGCUAAUGCAGUCAAGCACGGAAGCCGGAUAUACUAUAAUGUAUUGAUUGACCCGUGGUUUGUGGGUGGCCAAAGCGAUGUCGCAAAGUGGUUCAGUCAGCAAUUCCACGCGACGGAGAGCGCAGUGAAGAGCGUAGCUGAAGUGGAUGAGCUGGCGCGGCAAGUUGAGAUUCUAGCGGGAGGGUUGAGAUUAGGGAAGAACAGGAAGAGGAAGAUGGAGGAUACGGUGGAGGAGGAGAGUUUUAUCGAUUGUGUGGCUAUUAGCCAUGAAUUCACGGAUCAUUGUCAUAAAGAGACGUUAUUGGAAGUUCACGGCGACGUGCCUGUUUUCGCAACAGAGCAAGCAGCCAAACUAAUAACCUCGUGGUCCCACUUCCGCACCGUAACAACAACCCCCACCUUCGUCGACGACUCCGACUGGCACGACUACAGUCUCUCCCCCUUGCCCUCCUGGCUCAGCAUAUCGCGGCUAACCGCUGCCGCCGACGCCCUCUUCUACCACUCCGCCCUUCUCAUAACGUUCGCCACGCACCCCUUCCUCUCCAACACAACACCAAAGAAACGCCUCUCAUCCCUCAGCAUAAACGGCGACGGCGCCGAAGACCUCGCCCCACACCUCAACGGCGAAGCAGCCGAAUGUCUCAUUUACACACCCCAUGGUAUACCGCAUACGGCGCUUACCCCGAUAACGACGGCGGACCCGCCGCUGCAUACCCUCGCUUUCCUGCAUGGACUUCACGAUAUAUCCAUUUCUAAUGCUAGUCAGCUUAAUCUCGGCGCGAAGAAUGGGGUCCUUGCGCAGAGAAUGCUGAGGGCCAAGUAUUGGGUUGCGACGCAUGAUGAGGUGAAGAGGGGAGGUGGGUUUAUCAGUUGGUUUAUACGGAGGAAGGUUUGGACGUUGGAGGAGGCGUUGAAGGAAGCUGGAGGGGACACGGAGUUUGAGGAUGUUAGGUUUCAGGAUAUGGGGAAUGGGGAGAGUAGGGUGCUGGAGUGAUGGGUGGACGGAGGAUGGAGGGAAGUUUGUUUUUUUGGCUAUUGCUGUUGUUGCUGUAUGGAAUGGACGUACGCUAUUUGUUGUGUGAUGUGAUGUGAUGGAUGUAUAUACCCCCGUGAGCGAGGUUUGGUAGUUUAGGAUAUGUAAUAGGAGAGGGGCCCCUGGUUUGUGGAGGACAUGGACGUGGUGAACGAAAUUGUUGUACACAAGUAGUGUCUCGACGUCGUAAUUCAGAUUAAGUCAAGGCUACAUUCGUUCGAUUUAGCCGCUUAUC